GAUUAACCAAAGAAGAAGAAGAAGAAGAAGAAGAAAACUUGCCUUAGAAGAUCUUCCUGUGCUGCAGUGAGAUUUGCUUCUUCUCAUGGGGCAGGAAACUGCAGAUAUCCAAUGAAUGAAGGGCGGAGAAGUAAAGGUGAUCUGGAAGAAGGUGACCGGACAUCAAGUACAAGCUCUGUUGUUUCUCGACCUAAUUAGGGCUUUUUGGAGCAGCAAGCUCGACGUUGUCCCGCCAUUAGAGACCCUUUGAAGCUUUUUAAAGUCAUUAUCCGAGCUCCACUAAAGCGAGGGUUCUGAAGACAUUAAGUGAGAGACAGAGGCUUCGGGAAUUGCGAUUCUGCAGCGGAGAUUUUUGGGUUAUGGAAAAGUAGUGGAGUUAGGGGUUUGUAGGGAGCGCGGUGACUGGGCUUGGUUGCAUGCAGGAGAAGAGUGUUGGAAGUGUUGAGCUGUUGCUUUGCUGCAUGGCGAUAGAUUUGAAUUUUUGCUGUCACAGGGUUUGAGUUUUUAUUUGUUUUAUUUGUAUAUUUGGGAGGAUUGAUUUUUGUAAUACUGUCAUGAUGAGUGAGACAAUAGAGAAGAAUGGGUCUUUGCAAAAAAAUAGAGAGGAUGUCGGCGAAAGGGAUGGAGGCCUUCGGCCUCCUGUAAUAGAGGUUGUAGAUGAGGAGAGCAAUCAUUUGCAGGCAGAGACCAGUUUGGAGAAAACUGCUGUUCUCGAGCAGGAUAUAGCUGAAAAGACGACCGUGGACAUGAAUAUGUCAUCAGAGGGAAAAACAGAUGAUGAUGUAAUUAUUCUUUCGGAAAAUCAGUUGGGAAGCAGUACGGUGCAAAAGGAUAAUUUUGCUGAUGAAGAGCGGAGAGACAAUGUUUUGGACAAGGAAAGCAAGGAGCAGCUUGUGAAUGGUGGUACAAUGUUAGGGACGGAUACGAAGAAUGCCCAGUUGGAAGAUGAUCACUUUAGUGAGACUCCCUUGAACUUGAAAAAGGAAGGUUUUGCUGGGAGUUACCAUUUUCAAGCUGAGGGCAUGAAUCAAGCCUUUUCUUUUGAUCCAAAUUGUAGUGAAGGAGACGAUUCUGGAACAGAGGAAGAACAAUCUGCUUUUAUGAAGGAGUUGGAGAAUUUCUUUAAGGAGAAGAGCUUGGAGUUCAAACCACCCAAGUUUUAUGGAGAAGGCCUGAAUUGCUUGAAAUUGUGGAGAGCUGUUACAAGGCUGGGUGGUUAUGAUCAGGUGACUCAUUGCAAGCUAUGGCGUCAAGUUGGAGAAUCUUUCAAGCCACCAAAGACUUGUACAACUGUCUCAUGGUCAUUUCGGUGUUUCUACGAGAAG